GUCUGAAUACCUCAGUGGCACCGACAAGUUCAGUUGCGCGAUCAACCAAAAUGGGGAAGAAACUGGUAUUUACAUUAGUGCUUGCAUCCUUUGUCGGCAGUUUUGUGGAUGGUCUUAGAUGCUAUACCUGCAAUUCGCCCACAAUAAGCUGCAAUGCACCCUACAGCCAAGUCUGCAACAGCGCUGUAGCCAAUCAAACCAGCAACUGGCUGCGUACCAUCCACAGUGAUGUCCCCGAUGUAAAUAGUAACAAUUUCACGUGCAUGGAACAAUUCUAUAAUGCAUCCAAUAAUGUGCGUGAAAUAUUGGGUUGUGUUCAUAGUGUAAUUCCAGUAUGUAAUUUAACCGUGAGCACCCAGUGGACCCAGAAUUGCCGCACCUGCAAUUGGGACAAUUGCAAUCGAAACCCAGCGGGCACUCAUAGCAGAAGCACUUAUACAAUUAUGGCCUCAACUAUGGCGCUGCUCCUGGUCAAGCUGUCCAUUAAGGAUAUUAUUUAGCGAGUAAUAAAUAUGUUAAACAAGUGUGAAUAUUGCAGUCGAAAGUAAUUGAAAUGGUUUUAAAUAAAAGUGCAUAGAACCAAUAUAAUCUGAUACCUUCGGUAUUAGAGUGUAAAAAGUA